GAGCACUAGAGCUCCGCCAUAUAUAACAAGUCUCUGUUCAGAACCACCUACACUUCUCAUUCCGGCGAACUCCGUAACCAAAUUAACAGUCAUGUCCGACGACCCAGCCGAAAUCUACGACGGAAUCAGAGCCGAAUUCCCUCUCACUUUCGGUAAGCAAUCCAAAUCUCAAACCCCUCUCGAAGCCAUCCACAAUACGACACGUCGUAACCAACAACCACCUCCACCCUCCGCCGCCCUCCCUUCUCUCUCCUCCUCCUCCAAAACCUGGCUCGAUUCCCUCCGCUCCGCCAAAACCCCCAACCCUAACCCUAAUUCCGAUGCCUCCCUCAUCGGACCGCCUCGUCCUCUGCUCCCUAAUCCCCCCUCUGACGACGACGGCGACGCCAUCGUCGGACCUCCUCCUCCGCCGUCCGGGAGCGCGGAGCGUGAUGACGAGGAGGAGGGGGAGAUGAUUGGACCGCCGCGACCGGUGAGGUACACGGAGGAGUCGUAUUCCGAUUCGGAGGAGGAGGAGAACAAGUACCGGAUUCCGGUGAGCAAUGAGAUAGUGCUGAAGGGGCACACCAAAGUGGUUUCGGCUCUGGCGAUUGAUCACACUGGCUCUAGGGUUAUCUCCGGUAGCUAUGACUACUCUGUUAGAAUGUUUGAUUUUCAGGGCAUGAAUGCAAAGUUGCAAUCUUUCCGGCAGCUGGAGCCGUCGGAAGGUCACCAAGUCAGGACUAUUAGCUGGAGCCCCACCGCCGACCGGUUUCUUUGUGUCACCGGCUCGGCUCAGGCCAAGAUAUAUGAUCGGGACGGGCUUACUCUUGGAGAGUUUGUGAAGGGGGACAUGUAUAUUCGUGAUUUGAAGAAUACCAAGGGGCAUAUUACUGGAUUGACAUGUGGGCAGUGGCAUCCGAGGAAGAAAGACGAGAUCUUGACAUCGUCGGAGGAUGGAUCGCUGCGUAUUUGGGAUGUCAAUGAGUUCAAGACACAGAAACAGGUAAUCAAGCCGAAACUUGCUAGGCCGGGAAGAGUUCCAGUCACCACUUGUGCUUGGGAUCAUGAAGGACAAAAGAUUGCAGGCGGUAUAGGAGAUGGAUCUAUACAGGUUUGGAACAUUAAGCCCGGAUGGGGAAGUAGGCCAGACAUACACAUUCCAGAAGCUCAUUCAGAUGAUAUCACUGGGCUUAAGUUUUCUAGAGAUGGGAGAAUCUUACUCUCAAGAAGCUGUGAUGGCACUUUGAAGGUUUGGGAUUUACGUCAGAUGAAAGAUCCCCUCAAGGUGUUUGAGAAUCUCCCGAAUAACUAUGCACAAACCAAUAUCGCAUUCAGUCCUGAUGAGCAACUCUUUCUGACUGGAACAUCAAUUGAAAGGGAGAGCACAACUGGAGGUUUACUGUGCUUCUUUGAUCGAGCAAAACUGGAACUUGUUUCAAAAGUUGGGAUAUCCCCUACUUGUAGUGUUGUGCAAUGUGCCUGGCACCCAAAACUGAAUCAGAUCUUUGCAACAACAGGAGAUAAAAGACAAGGUGGCACGCAUGUAUUAUACGAUCCAACUCUUAGUGAAAGAGGAGCUCUUGUCUGUGUUGCACGUGCUCCUAGGAAAAAGUCUGUUGAUGAUUUUGUGGCGAACCCAGUCAUACACAACCCUCAUGCUCUACCCUUAUUUAGAGAUCAACCAAGCCGGAAGCGUGAGCGAGAGAAGACAUUGAAGGAUCCAGUUAAAUCCCAUAAGCCUGACCUUCCCAUGACAGGACCAGGCUUCGGUGGAAGAGUUGGUGCAAGUAAAGGAAGCUUAUUGACCCAAUACCUUAUGAAGCAAGGGGGUAUGAUCAAGGAGACAUGGAUGGAUGAAGAUCCAAGGGAAGCCAUACUGAAGUAUGCAGAUGUUGCAGCAAAAGAUCCAAAGUACAUUGCUCCAGCGUAUGCAGAUACUCAGCCUGAAACAGUUUUUGCAAAAUCAGACUCUGAAGAUGAGGAGAAAUGAUCUGAUUAUGGUUUUGAUAGUUGCCAAUUCUGAAAUGAGACUGUUGCUUGACCAAGGAUGAAACCAAAGGUUAUGCCCCAACAUUGCAUCUGCAAAAAACAAUGUGAGUGCCAUACCGAGCAUACUGAGGAUGCAAAUCUAUACUUAUGUAGUUGGUAGAAUGAAAUGUGACGCUUUGAAUUUGCUAUACCAUGUAAAUGCAUCAAAAUUUGUAGUACUGUACGUUGUUAAAGUGAAAAUCUGUAGCGAUUAAUUACUGAGAUUCGGUAUUGUUGCUUCAACCUUUGUUACUAUUAACUGGAUUGAUUUAAUCCAUGCUGAGUUCCAUUUUCAGUUCUCA